AGAGGAAAAGACAGAAAGUGCAACGUCAGAGUUAGCCGCAGGGCUCCACCUUUUUUUUGGUUUUGGACAAGCUGAUCAGGUUCACAGAUGCAAGGGAAUCCUGCUUCUCAUCCACACCUCUCUCUCUCUCUCUCUGAGUUCAAAGUUUAAACAACAACCAAGUCUGUAUUUUUGUUCAUAUUUGUGUGGCUAUCCUUGGAUUUUCUUGGUAAUAUUAUCAAGUAUGGUUUUCAUAACAUGAAGGAGAAAAUGCAUUUUUGCGGCUACACCAACACCAGCUUCUGCAGUUUCACCUCCACUUCUCUUGUUUCUUCUGCUCUCUUAGUAAAAACAAAACUUGUCUCUUGUGUUGGUGCCAAACUAGCACCAAAACCUCAAGCUUUCUAAAACUAGUUAUUGCUUCAUUGAGAUAGAGAGAGACCACUCUCUCAACUCAAGUUUCUCUCUUUCUCACUCUGAUGAAGUUUCAGACACUAUUCCUCAGUUGAAUAUCAAAACUUGUCUUCCUCUUUGUUCUGUUCUGUUCAUUCCUUCUUCAGUAGUAUACACAGUGCACUUUAGUCCACCUUUCUUUCCCUUUUCUGUUUUUGUCAAAAUUUGUCCUUAGAUCCCAGAAACCUUCACCCUUACAAAAAUCCAAGAUCUAUGGCCUACAACACAACCUUAGGCUUCUAAAACUUGCAAGAUUAUAAGAAGAAGAAGGAUUUGAUGUUCCAUCAACAACAACAGCAACAACAACCUGUGAUGGAAGAAAACAUGUCAAAUUUGACUUCUGCAUCAGGUGAAGCUAGUGCUAAUUCCUCAGGAAACAGAACUGAAAUUGGCACCAGUUACCCUCCUCAACAAUACUUGGAUCAUCCACCCCCAACUCAAACUCAACCAGUACUAAAGAAAAAGAGAAACCUUCCAGGAAACCCAGACCCAGAUGCUGAAGUGGUUGCUAUGUCCCCUAAGAGUCUUUUAGCCACAAAUAGAUUCUUCUGUGAGAUCUGCAGCAAAGGGUUUCAUAGAGACCAAAAUCUCCAACUUCACAGAAGAGGGCAUAAUUUACCAUGGAAGCUGAAGCAGAGAACAAGCAAAGAGGUGAAGAAGAAGGUGUACGUGUGCCCGGAACCUACCUGCGUGCACCAUGACCCGUCGAGGGCCCUGGGGGACCUCACAGGGAUCAAGAAGCACUUCAGCAGAAAGCAUGGUGAGAAGAAGUGGAAAUGUGAGAAGUGUUCCAAGAAGUAUGCAGUUCAAUCAGAUUGGAAAGCUCAUUCCAAAACCUGUGGCACCAGGGAGUACAGAUGUGACUGUGGAACCCUUUUCUCAAGGAGGGACAGUUUCAUAACCCAUAGAGCAUUCUGUGAUGCACUAGCAGAGGAGAGUGCAAGAGGUGAGACAGGUGGCACAUUAACCAACAAUCCACUUGUACUACCACCACCCUCACAAUCACAACAACCUUCAUCCUCCUCUAAUCAUCAUCAACACAUGAUAAAUCUCCAAACCCAAUUCAAUCAUCAUCUCCAGAACAACCAGAACCUCCUCCAUGGUUUCCCAUUGAAAAAAGAGCAGCUAAGUUUCAACUUUGGUCAAGAAAUCAUGCCCCCUUGGCUUGGCCCACAAAGUAGUACUAUUAAUAAUGUUGAUCAUCAUCAUCAUAAUCUCUCCUCUGCAUCAAUGUUCUCAUCCCAAGAAGAAAACCCUAACCCUAGCAUGGGCCCCACCCUCCCACCCUACCAAACAGUUCCUCCUUCCCCACACAUGUCAGCCACAGCAUUGCUGCAGAAAGCAGCUCAAAUGGGUGCAACCAUGACCACCACCACAACAGCUGCAUCAGCACCAGCCAUGAUCAGUAGGACCCACCACCAGCCUCACGUGCCUCCUCAUUCAGCUGCCAACAACAAUUCUUCAAUUGGUAAUUUUGGUUUCAACUUGUCCUCACGUGAUGCUGCUGCUGCUGGUGUUACUGCUGCUCCACCAUCCCUUCUUCAUGAUGUUAUCAACUCUUUCUCUUCUAAUUCUGCUUUUGAAGGAAACCCUUUUGAGGACUCAUUUAGUGCCAUUCUAAAUUCAAAGAAAGAACUUAACUUUCAUGAUAAUGACACCCUUUCUAAAAAGGCCACCACCACCACGGAUAGCGGUGGUGGUGGUGGUGGCGGCGGCGGAAAUGAUGACUUGACGAGAGAUUUCUUGGGUCUAAGACCCCUCUCUCAUAGUGAUAUUCUCAGCAUAGCUGGCAUUGGAAACUGCAUGAGUGAUCAAGAAAACCAAUCUCAAAAGCCAUGGCAAGGUUAGCUAGCUCCAUAUAUAGAUGGAUUCUCUUUUUGUUAUAUUUAUCAUCUUAUAUAUUUAAGAAAAGAUUCUCUCUUUUUGUAGUUUAACUUGUUUAUGAUCUUGUCAAUAUUCCCAAAGGGAAGGAAAUUUCUGAAUCGAUACCUAUAUUUUCAUUCAUUAUAUAUGUACUUAUUGAAGAA